CAAGCAUGAGAAAAUUGCUAAGAUAAGGGGAUGGGAUGUCUGGCCAUUGUAGGUCUCGGUGCGGAUUGUGAGAGAGGAGACCAAGGAUAAAGAGCGUAGAUGGCGCGAAGAAGGACAUUUCGUGAGAACCGCCUAUUGGGCAUUGAGCCGCCUAGGGAUGCGGUUGGCGGGGUAGAAAUUAGCCUGCCUAUCACAAAUGAGGGUUGGCACCCGGUGGUGGAUUGGGUCGGGGAGGAGCUUAUGGGAAACAUGGUUUACUUAGUGACGAGGGUUGAAUGGCGUGCGGAUGAGAAUGGGGAGUGGAACCCGGACCCGCGGGGGCAUGUGCGGGCGGAAGGACGAGUGUAUAUGUCUGAGGAUGGGUGGCGGGAGUUCGGAGUCCGGCUGGCAUCAGGGGAGGAUCCGUUGAGAAUGUUUGAAGGGGCGUGGCAGUUAGUAUGGCGGGCAGGGUUCGAGUUCGCAGACCCGGAGAUCGAUGAUGUAACGGCGAACCUUAGGGUAGCCAUGGUCGGGAGUUUCGAACUGCCUAGUGAAAACGUUCGAAUGAGGUUGCCACCCUUUCUGUUGGAAAGACUAGGCGGUCGGGAGCUUGUCAGACAGGCGGUAGCAAACCUCACCGAUUUGACGUAUGAAGACGCGUUAGUCUAUCAAGAGUACUAUCGGGCCUUCCUAGAAAUGGGGCCGUUCAGCGGAGAGCAGAGGUAUGAGGUAUUGCGAAUCCUGCGCGCUGUGUUUACCACUAGGCCAAGGGCCCCGGUUGUUAGCAAUGGGGUUCUGUGGGGCGUUGUCCAAUGGGAAAUCAGUCGGGGGAUGACGUACGUGGAUGAUCUGUACAGGCUAUAUGAGCCGACGGAAGUAGGAACAGGCCGGCUAGGUAAAGAAAUGGCGUCACAAGAACAGGACGACAACCAGCAGAAUAGAGGGAGUCAGGGUACGAAUAGGGAUGAGGAACAGAACGAGGGGUCGGAUCAGGAAUCAGCAAAGCCAGAAGAGACUAGAGAAGAAGGGAAGGACCUCUCCACAGGGGAAAGUUCAGGAAAAGUUGGGGGUAGCAAAAGGGGACCGCAGGAGAAUAGAGAAGGGAGGGACGACGAAAAGGGGAGUCCUCGGAACUCCAGAGGAACCACGCCCAAGAAAACAAAAGUCUGUUACGUUAUGGACGUCGCAAGCAACCGAAGGGGCCAGAAGAAUAAACGUGACCGGAUAGGCAACAUGAAUGGUCGAAAUCCGGGGGAACAAGACGAUAGCAUAAAUGUCAACCGACGGUUCAACAGCGAGGGGGUCAAAGGCAACGCGAGGGGGAUUUUGGAAAAAGGGAGUCAUACCGGGAGGAGGCCUGCAGAAUCUCGGGGAAUGAGGCCAACCGUGGUCGGAAAUACGGAAGAGUCACAGACCUCGGUGGGAGGAGUGACGAAGAAAAGGAAGGUAGCGGAUACCCUACGAAGACUCAAGGAAGUGGAACAGAUGGUAGCAACUUACAACGCUGGUGUAAUUGAAAAAAUGAUCAGGAACAUCGAGGUUGAGAAUGACAAUGAGCUGUAUAAUGAUGAAUGUCUGGGUGAGACGCGACAAGAGCGCAUGAUUGGGAAACCCGGUGGUUGGGGAAAGGGCGGAAACGCGGGAGAAAAAGGGAGGGUUCGACCCUCCGAGGUAGGGACCACAAAGGAAAUAAAGGAGCAAGAAGCGGACUGUGGAAUGAGUCAGCAGACAGGGGGACAAUCCUUGUCAAACGAAGACUAUAGUGACCUCUUGGACCUAAGGGAGAAACUGACAGUCUAUCUCGACCAAGAAAGGGGUGUCAAGAUAGAAAGUCGCCAGCGAAACUAUGAAAAGUCUGAGGUCCUAGAAACAACUGGGUACGGAGUGAAAAGGGGGUCGAAGGAGUUGCACGAUCAAGGCGAAGGGGCGGACAACUAGAAGGAAAGGAUAGUGGAUACCCUUCGGGUGGUGCAAACCCGCGUAUCUCGAACUCCGUUGGUGCCCCAAG